AAAGGCAUGGCAUUUAUUCUUGUCAAUACACCUAUAUUGAUGGUCGUAUAUGUGGAAAUAAAUGUUAUCAGCAAGAAGGAUGUCACAUUCAUUAGAAAAGACGAUUUCAUAUUCCUUGUGGUGAAUGUAGUACACCAACGAUUUCUUCUUAUGAAAUCCACUAGUAUUCUGAAUUCAAAUCGAUCUGAUAGACCUCGAGAACAGAGAAGGAUUCCCAAUCUGGAGACAUAUACUUCAGAUCAAAUUCUAUGGGAAUCUCAGUUUACCAGCCACCUAUCCCACCCGAUAAUCCAUGAUGAUGAAGAAAGGUUCAUAUAG